AUGUCCGACAAAGAAAGAGAGUUCGACGAAGAACUCGACGAGGAGUUCGACGACUCGGCGCCGCCAGAAGUCCAGGAAAACAAAGAACCCGAACCUCCCACCUCCGCAUCUCUUCUGGAACUCCCCGAAUUGACACGCAAAGAUAAGACGCUCCAAGAAAUGCUUGAGCUUAUGGACGGAGAGUUUGCGCCGAUCAUCCCCGACGCCGUCACAGACUACUACUUGGCGAAGAACGGUUUCCAGACCGCGGAUGUCCGCAUCAAGCGGCUCUUGGCCUUGGCCACGCAGAAGUUCAUCUCGGACAUUGCGCAGGACGCCUACGAAUACUCCCGGAUCCGAAGCUCUUCGGCCGUUUACAACUCGUCCAACCCACAGUUGCGGGCCAAGCAGCUUCUCCAGGGCCAGCAGUACGCCAACCAGCAGAACAGUGGAGGUGCAGGCGCAACUGAGGGCGGCAGUGACCAGCAGCAGCCACUGACACAUUCGACGAAUGCCGGAAAUCAACAGGGCAAGAUUGUGUUGACCAUGGAGGAUUUGAGCAGUGCGCUCAGCGAAUAUGGUGUGAACACGGCCCGCCCUGAUUUCUAUCGCUGA